AUGAGUAAUCGACCUAAUACUCGUUGGGGUGCUCGACAACCACCACGUCGUGGCGGCGGUGGUGGUGGUGGUGGUGGUGGUGGUAGUAGUGGUGGCUAUGAUCAAAAUUAUGAUGACUAUAAUUAUGGUCAUCAACAUUAUCCAUCAAAUAAUUACGAGUAUGAUUCGUAUGAUCAAUCGCAAACAAAUUAUGAUCGUUCUUCAGCAGCAUCAACAUCAAAACGUUAUACAUCGAACAGAAAUAACUAUGAUACAGGAAAUAAUUAUUAUUAUAAUCCACCACCACGUCAUGCUAAAGGAAAUUUUGUAGAAAAUAAUACCAACAAUCAUAACAAUAAUAAUAAUACCACCAAUAGAACAAAUCCAUCAGUUACGAAAAAACCAUUAAAAAAACAAGAAUCCGAACCAACUCCUUCAUUACCAAAUAAAGAAGAAGAAACAACAGUUGAAACACCAUCGACUCCGUCCGAACCAAUCAUUGAGCAACCAAGUGCCACACCGACUAUUGAAGAACCUAAGUCAACUGAAACUCCAGUUGAAGAAGUAACUACUCCUGAAGUGCCGGAACCACCUCCAGAAGAAAAUCUUGAUUUACUUCGUCAACAAGUAACAAGUUAUUUAACCGAACGUAGUGAUCGUUUAAAACAACGUCAAGAACUUCGUGAACAAAAUAUUCAAGCUGAAAAAACUCGUUUGAAUGCUGAACAACAACAAGCAGCUAUGACACGUUUAGAUUCAAGUAUAAAACGUAUUCCACCAUUUAUAAAACGUCUUCGAACAUUAACCGAACAACAACGUGAUGCACUUAGUCGUGAUAUGCAAACAUUAAAUUUAACACGUUAUAUAUCCGAAGUAGCAACAGCAUUAACAGAAGCGAAAUUAAAAAUGAGUGAUGUAUGGUCAUCCGUUCAAAUAUGUUCAUUAUUACAUCAACGUUAUCCAGAUUUUUCCAUGUCACUCUAUGAAAAUUGGUUAAAAGUUUUACAAAAAGAAACAUUAAAUGAUAAUCUAUCAAAAGUUCGUGUUGAUUUACGAUUCUAUGCUGAAUUAAUAACUGUACAUGUUUUACCUAUUCAACAAUCAAUCAAUCAUCUAUUAACAUUAUUAACAGCAUUAAUAAAUAAUGAUAAAGAUUUUUCUAAUUUAACAAUAUUAAUUAGUUUUUGUCGUUUAUGUGGAGAAGA